GAAGUCGCAGGAGUUACUACAGCAAUUUCUGACCAGAUAGACUCAUUUUGGUCUAUCUGCUGUUGUGCACACAGUACAUUUAUUUGGACGGUCAAAAACCUAUCACUGGUUAUUCAAUCAAGAUGCCAGUGACAGGUCGAUCCAGGAGGGAUCGGAACAAUGUUCUGAACCGACCCGAGUUCAUAUCACUGAACCAGCCGUUAAGGACUAAUAGCGCAGAAGUUCGAGGGUCCGGCCGCAGGGCACCUAAACAGCAAUGUCAACACCAGGCGUCCGAGAGCGCUCCACAAGAGUCCUCCGAGAAUAACAAAGAGCGACGGGAAUCUAUCAAACUACCCGACGAGGAUUGCAUGCAGCUUAACCCGUCUUUUAAAGGCAUCGCUAUGAACUCACUCCUCGCUAUCGACAUAUGUAUGUCCAAGAGAAUGGGGAUCUGCGCGCACAGCACGUCUUCGUUCGGCAGCAUGCGCUCCAUGGUGAAACUGUUGGCCCUGACAGGCCAUGGCAUCCCCUGGGUCAUUGGCACGAUCUGGUGCCUGACCAGGAGCAACACGUUGGCAGGGCAAGAGGUUCUCAUUAACUUGCUUCUGGCGCUCCUGCUGGACAUCAUGACGGUGGCGGGGAUGCAGAAGCUGGUCAAGCGCAAAGGCCCCUGGGAGAUGACGCCCAGCUUCCUGGACUACAUGGCCAUGGACGUGUACGCGUUCCCGGCGGCCCAUGCCAGCCGUGCCGCCAUGGUGAGCAAGUUCCUGCUGGCGCACCUGGUGCUGGCCGUGCCGCUGCGGAUCCUGCUGGUGCUCUGGGCCGUGCUGGCGGGCACCUCUCGCGUGCUGCUCGGCGGACACCACCUCUCGGACGUGGGCUUCGGCUUCGCCCUGGGCUACCUGCACUACACCCUGGUGGAGAUGGUGUGGCUCUCGUCCGCCACCUGCCAGACCAUCAUCGCCCUCGGCUCCUUCAGCUGGAUGCCCAUCUAGCCCCUCGGCACCACCCAAGCCCCAUCCAGCACCACCCAAGCCCCAUCCAGCACCAUCCAGCACCAUCCAGCACCACCCAGCACCACCCAAGCCCCAUCCAGCACCACCCAAGCCCCAUCCAGCACCACCCGAACCCCAUCCAGCACCACCCAUCCAGCACCAGCCAAGCCCCAUCCAGCACCACCCAUCCAGCACCACCCGAACCCCAUCCAGCACCACCCAAGCCCCAUCCAGCACCACCCAUCCAGCACCACCCAUCCAGCACCAGCCAAGCCCCAUCCAGCACCACCCAGCACCACCCAAGCCCCAUCCAGCACCACCCGAACCCCAUCCAGCACCACCCAAGCCCCAUCCAGCACCACCCAUCCAGCACCAGCCAAGCCCCAUCCAGCACCACCCAAGACCCACCCAGCACCAGCCGAACCCCAUCCAGCACCAGUCUGUCUGUGCCUGCGUUUCUUUGUUUAUAGUUGUUUGUGUGUUUGUUUAUUUUGGUUUCAUUGGUUUGUUGAUGUUGUUUAGCCCAUUGUGUUACCCUGUUGUUUCCACAUUCUAACGUUGUUUAUACUCACUGGCAGCAAAUCAAAUGUUCCAAACUAACUACCCAAACAGUCAAUCAAAUGUUCCAAACUAACUACUUAAACAGUCAAUCAAAUGUUCCAAACUAACUACCCAAACAGUCAAUCAAAUGUUCCAAACUAACUACCCAAACAGUCAAUCAAAUGUCUUUUAGGUUACUCAUCAAGCAAAGGAAAAUGUCCUUUUUUAUUACAAGUGCAUUGUACACAAGUAACGUAGGGGCAUAAAGCAUGGCCCAAAUGUAGUCCAGAUUUGGCCCAGUUCUGGGAGAGACUCGGCUCAGUUCUGGGUGAGACUCGGGUCAGUUCUGGGUCAGUUCUGGGUGAGACUCAGGUCAGUUCUGGGAGAGACUUGGUUCAGUUUUGGGCCAGAUCCCAUUCAUAAUCUGCAAGUGUUCAGGCUGGUGUGUGUACAGUGAUUACUUGUAGCUCAGUGUUUAAUCUGGUGAUAUAUGCCCAGCUCUGACCGUGUUAGUGCGUCUACUGUCUCUACGGCUUGUAAGGGCUUAUGAGGGUUUGAUAAACGACUGGCCGUAAAUGAAGCGUUUGUGUGUAAAUGACUUGUGUAUGUGAGAUUUGGUGUGUGAGUGUGGAACUACUCAGGGACUUUCAUGCUGAACAUUGAUUGGACAUAAAAUGUGAUUCUUCUCAGAGCUUUUCUCAUCCAAAGUGUGCUUUGUACAUGGAUUUACACCGUAUUUACAGCACAAGGUGCGUUGGAAGACGGAAAGCCUUUAUCACAUUUGUGAAAUCAAGUCCUUAAUAUUUUAUUAAGUGUUGCCAAUGUAGUGCCAGUAUUUGCGGGCUCUUACCCGUAAAGUCACAGAGGAGCAUUUUUGAUCUCUGACCUGGCUUUCUGAAAGAAAUAGCGCAUAUGUUGGGUUGUAACCAUUCCUUGUGGGACCGUUCUAUGUGUCAGUUGUUUGGGUGGAAAGUCAACAGUAUCAGAAAAAUGACAGAAUCAUCAAAGCCUACAUACCAAGCACACUUACGGGCAUACUUGCAACCUUUAUGAGACUGCUGGACUUUAGAACUGUACAACAGUAACCAAGAUUUUGGUGAUUUUUGGUGAAAAAAAAACGUGCACACACACACACACACACACACAUAAUUGGACCUUUUGAUAUUUUUUAGUAUGAUGAUAAUGAUCUUUACAAGAGGUCAUUAAUCUAUUUUGCACCAGGAAGUAAGUCAGUAAAGGCAUGCUGGUAAUCGCUCAUAUGAAGAUAUUUUUCCAUGAAUACAUCAUUAGUGUGUGAGUUAUGGCCCCUUGUCCCUUGUCAGCUACCUUGUUUCAUUUCAAAGACUUUUAUCCAAACUAAACAGGACACCAACUUACCUCCUUGAUGAUGGGACUGGUGGAACUAUAAUGAAUUUAACAGCAGCAACAUGUGUGAGGGUUUGUGAAGGUUGUAUUACUGCAUUCAUGCUUCAUUUAAACAGGCAAGUGAGUUGUGAUUAUGGGUUAAGCCCACAGCUGGCACAUGGCUCCUCUUCUGCCUGUCUGCCUGUCUGUCUACCUGCUUGCCUGUCUAUCUGUCUGUCUGCCUGUCUGUCUGCGUUGUCUUUGUCUGGGGUUUUGUCCUUUGGCUUUUGGAAGUGUAUAAUUCUCCAUAAGAGUUGAGUGUAAUUGAACCUGAUCAUAAAAUAUCUUUGACAGAACAGUU